CAAACUCCGCUGAGCAGCACCAGAGCGCACUCUGCAUUGGUUUAUUCACUCUGUAAAUACCACAUAAAUAAAAUGGGCUAGAAGCACGAAAAAAGCUCCGAUUCGCUCAAAUCACCUGGCGCCAAAUGUUGUAUGUAGUCGUGCGUACGCCUCUACUCACACCUUGAUGUGAACGUUGAACUCAUACUGAUUUCUGUAGUGGUCCUAACAAGUAGCUGAAUUAAGCUAUUAAAUGUGUGUCUGACGGUGUACAAGGUUAGGCCGAAUACUUCACCAUGGCCGGAAGGACAUCGUCAUAUCGAACGGUGUUUCCAUCUCAUUCGCGUCUCGACCGCUCGUAGAGUACGAUGUGUAAAGAUCAUCGAAAGAUCAAUACCGUUUCUAUCCACUAGCCCAUACCAAAUUUCCGUUUCGAUUGUUGGUGAUAUCCAUUGCCUAAAGCAUCAGUGCGUCUCGUUGUGUAUGUUUGUCGGUUGAAACAGGACGUCAUUACUACACUCGUACUGCAAUCACUUCUUAUGUGUGCGGAAAGCAACGUCCAUCAACCGGAGUAUAUCGAGUAGAGAAAAGUUUCUACGGCUACCACCUGCACAGACACCAAGAACUAUUCCAAUCUACAGCAUAUCGUAACAUCCGACAUCGACAAGUGGCAAAACCUGCGGAGAAAAACAGUACGGAUACAGCCGCAUUGUGCUACGUUUACACCAGUUCCAAGUCAACUCCAAACGAUAAGAAAGAUUCCCGUAAUCUAGACCUCUGAUCAUCCGAUCUGAUCAAAACAGAGGUCGGCAACGCUGUCGGAGGAAUUCUGCUAAGGCACGCAAAACUGAACGGUUCAGUCUGGAGUUAUCAGGAAGCUGCGGACGCGGUAAACGACGGUCAGUGUCAGUGGGCCCCAACGUGAAAGUGAACUGGGGACGCCGCUGCACACCGUUCGACCCUGCGCUCCUCUGCAUACCACCGGGUAUGGGCGUAUUCGUCACAUCCGGUCGAAGCAAGCUUCCGUGCCGAUAGAAAAUAUAGAAUACCAGACGACCAAACACAAAAAAUACCUUCAUAACGAAUAUUCCCCAAACGAGAAAAGCGUACAAAUAAGUCCAUAGUCUCAACUGGCACAAUACCAAAACGCAAUCACACAAACACAAGGCCUCGAACUUGCCGUUGAUCCAUCGUUUAAAUCGUGAAAAUAUAUUUGUAUCAGACAACCAGAUAAGCCCCAAUUGCCUGCAAAGAAAGUAGAUCUGACAACCCACGUCUUAUGUUCUGUACGCCCGGAAACUAUCAAAUUCAACACUGAAUACUGAUUUACAACGAAUUGAUUUGUCAACGGCUGGAAGAUAUUAGCAGUUUUGAGUUUGCAAGGACAACGCCACAUUCUAGUGUGCAGCAGCUAGCUUCGGACGAAAUCUGUGACGAACUCAAGUCGACGAUCUGUACGCUUUUUUGGAGUUAUACAAGCACAAAUUAUCUACACAUCAUAAGCUCCAACACGAUUGACAUAUUUUUUACGUCCACAUCAUACUGCUGGUGCAGUUCGUCUAAAGUGGUUCCCCUUUCAAAAAAAGCGUGCGCACUAGUGUUGGUAUCAAGGUGAUCAAAAGCAUGAAGCCGAAGGAUACAUUGAAGCCGGAGUUGGCGGAAAUCGUUGGAGGGUCCAACUCUCACAGGGAUAGUGUCAUCGCGUUCGAUACCAUGGAUGUAAUAUUAUUGGACAGUCAAAGCUCUGCUCCAGUCGGUUCGCACGUUGGCAGUCAGCGUUCAAGCUUUUCCAGUGCAGGGACCGUAAUUGCUCCGCAAUCUAUCGCGGCAAUCCCGCUUGAUACGGGACACGCGUUCCGGGACGAUCUCGGUCAUGGGUUGCAGGUCGACACACGUGGUGCCACCGAGUUCUACCGCGUUGAUGACGAUAGCUAUAGACCGUUUACAAUUUACGGUGGAAGUGGUGAUGGCAAGGUUAAAAUCACUACCCUACCCGCAUCCACAACGGGGUCGCUGAGCUCGAUAAUAACGACUUCUAUUGCAUCUUCCGAGCCGGACCGGGGCGAUCACCGUAGCGGCGGUGGUGGCGGUACCGGCUGCUCCGGAAGUCUGGCCGAUGAAACCAGUGAUGGUGGACCUCUUGAGCAGAAGUGCGUUGUUGGAAGUGGCAGCAUUGUCGGUGCAAAUGGAACCGGUACGGAUGACGGUGGUGCCGGGGAUGGUGGCACAGGUCGAGAGCAUGGUCAUGGGACCGGAAUACUGCAAGAGAAGUGGUGGUACAUGACACUUCAGAUCGCCAUACCAUUCUUCGUUGCCGGUGUAGGCACCAUCGGCGCAGGCAUCAUCCUAGGUCAUGUUGAGGGAAGUACUCCUCUGGAUGUAGACUUGGGACUGAUCACUCUCAGAUACUCGAAUUGGAAAGUAUUCGUUCAUAUCUCGGAGUUGUUCAUUCUGGUGCCAUCGUUACUAGGCCUGAAAGGUAAUCUGGAUAUGUGCCUGGCAUCACGUCUUUCAACACAGGCAAACCUUGGCAAUAUGUCAGGAAGACGUGAGAUCUUUCAUAUGAUACUCGGCAACAUAGCAUUAGUACAAGUGCAGGCAACGGUAGCUUCUUUCAUAGUGUCCAUGUUUGCCGUUGCCGUCGGAGCGAUUAUAAAUGGAACCAUAAUCUUUGAUCACGUUAUGUUGCUAACAGCAUCGGCCAUGUUCACUGCCACCAGCUCCUGCUUUGUACUAGACUUCGUCUUAGUGGCUGUGAUCCUUAUUUCAAGCAGAACAUCAAUGAACCCCGAUAACUUAGCUACGCCUUUGGCGGCAUCGAUUGGCGAUGUGGUUUCAAUAUCGUUGCUAGCCGGUAUGGCUACGCUAUUGUUCGAAAACAUUGAUACACACCUUUGGGUCACGUUUGUGAUGGUGGCCGUUUAUGUGUUUUUGCUGCCAUUUUGGAUGCUCCUCGUUUACCGUAACAAAUACACACGAUCCGUACUUUCGACAGGAUGGGUUCCCGUGCUAUCUGCGCUAUUUAUCAGCGGAAUGGGCGGCCUGGUUCUGGAUAAAGCCGUUGGUAUAUUCAACGGUUUCGUUGUGUUUCAGCCGAUCAUUAACGGUAUCGGCGGUAAUCUUGUGUCAGUACAAGCAAGCAAGAUAUCUACUAUGCUUCACCAGAGCUCUAUUAUUGGUAUUAUACCACCGCACGCUAAGAUUUUUGAGCUACCCUGGAAAGCUUUGUUUCAUGGAGUUCCAUAUGCUAGAACCGCACGGAUACUUAUUGCGAUGUCAAUUCCCGGUCAAGUGUUGUUUAUCUUUGUAGCCGAUUACAUUCACAUGUCGCGCUCCACCAUUGGCGUUCCUUUCGUGUUGUCCUAUUUGUUUGUUAGCACGCUACAGAUUAUGCUGCUUCUUUAUAUUGCACAUGUGAUUAUCCACCUGAUGUGGAAAUGGAAGAUCGAUCCAGACAACUCGGCUAUCCCAUACCUGACUGCACUGGGAGACUUGUUUGGUUCAAGUUUCCUGAUGCUGGCGUUCCUAUUCCUCCGCUCUAUAGGUCACCCGUACGGUGAAAAGUCAACCGAAACCGUCGAUGGAUUUGGACUACUAUCUACACCCGAGAUGACUACCAUUAGUGGAGGUACACUGACAGGUCUAAUACAUGAUGGCAGUGGCAUAUAGGAACUAGCCACUGCUCUUCGAUAUUCUAUUCUGUGCACUGCUAGCAAUGCUAUAGAAUGAUCAAUGAAUUGCUUCUUCCAAUUAACAAUAAGGUCCUUAAAAUAGGAAGCAUGAAUCCGUUGCUACAACUACACCCAUUAAACAGUAUGUUAUUUAGUUUUUGUUUUUGAAAUCAGACGUAUAGGGGAAAUUAGAACGCUUCAAGCGAUAUAAUUAUAAUUCAUUCGUAAUUCAUAUGUGUAUAUAAAGGAUUUUGUUUGUUUGUGUUCAAAGUGCCCAGCUAUGGAUAAUAAUUUUCACCAAAAAUGAAGUUAUUAAAAGACUAUAAACGGCCAAACACCUUUUGCCUGUUGUGUAAUAGGAUUUUAAACAAAAAUUGUUGUAAUUAACCUGACAGGGUGUAAGGAAGGGGUUGGUAAAACGUUCAACGGAUUAGGCAGCCAGUUUAGGAAUAAUGUAUGUAAAUGAAAUUAGUUUCGGAAUACCACAAAGAAGGAAACAGUAUUAAUGGAUGGAAAUCAUUUUAUUCUUUCUUUAUUGUCUUAUUUUAACAAAUUGCUAACCGUUUAGUGCAUACAACUGCUUCCAAUAAGUUUAUUUCAUUUCCAAUAUCAUUCAUUCGAUUUUUUUUUUUCAUUGCAUGAUGUUUUAUUACCAUCCUCUCAGUGAACAUUUAUUGCACUGCAUGAUAUGCUAUUUUACUAGUGCCACCGCAUUAGUUGUGAGCGUCACAUACAACCUACAUUCUUAUUCGCUGUAUGUAACGCCUUGUAAUCCUUUUGGAGAUUAGGAACAAGUACAAUCUCCUAUAUAAAUAUAAGUAUUUAAUUCAACUCAGUACACUAAGAACCUUUUUUCAAAGGAUAUGGUGAUCGUUUUGGGAGGGCGGCUAUCGGCAAGUAACAAAAAAAUUGUAAGGCUGGAAACGAACGUGUCGAUUACACGAAGGAUGCAAUGCUGUUGACUAUUAACCAAAUGUACAAUAAACCUUAUCAGCCAGCAGACGGCGCUUUAAACAUUUUACAUUUGAAAUCAACAUGUCAGCAAAUUGUUUGAAAUUCGAUACAGAAUAUUCCUUUUUUAUUCUUUUGGAUUUUUACUAUCGGUUUCGUAAAUGAUACUUAAUGUCAAUCGAAAUCGUAACACAAAGAAAGGGAAAAAACAAGUUUGCAAAUUUAAAAAAUGUAUCAGAGCUUCAAUGCUAUUACUGUUAAUCUUAUAGUAUUUUGGUUAAGGGCAUCCUUUUCAAUCUGUUUAAAUUGUAUCGCAUAACAGAUAAUGCUACUUAACACCAUCCAGCAGUAUUCUGUUGAGCAAGAAAUUUGUUCGUUCCUCUACAAUUAUUCCAAACCACUCAUUUCCACAACCAAUUUUUUCGUCCACUUACAGGCACAACAGUAGCGUAGAGGCCUCGUACCAAAGAGCACAACCAUUACAAAGUUUUUAACUAACGAAGGAAUUGGAAAGCAAAAUGUAGAUGGCUAACGAUUAUCUUAACGGUCCCUUGAGUUCGAAGCGAGAGAAUGAGAGCGACAGUUAUUUCCGAAAUACCAAUAACGGAAAACAUACAUCAGCAAAAUGUGCAAGAUAUAAAGAAUUUACAGAAAUGUGAAGAUGAUAAAGAGAGCUUGUCUGAAACAAAAUUAUUGCUCACAAAAGCAUUCAGCUACGAUGGGAAAAUUUAGCGGGCGCACAAUAGCGAGUUGAUGCGGAGAGUCAGUACAUUUGACUUAUGUCACAAAGAAGUGCCUAUGAAAGUGAUCGUUGUAAGUAAGCAGUGAAAGAGAAAUGAUAUAAUUCAAAAUAAAAUUGAAGUUAGUAAAGCAAUAUCUUCUCUUACGAAGGUGGAAAAUAAAUGUAUAGAUUUGGAAGAUGAAAAAGAGAUUAGAAGGAAGAUGUCCCAUUAUUCUGCAGGAUUUGUACUGACUCUCCUUGGGUGUUAUGUCCAACUUACUACUCGAACAUGGAACUAUCUAUUCACACAAUUGAAAUCAUCCCUGGGGAAAAAGGAAAUUGGCACAACUGAAUCUGUGACAAAACCAGGAAUGAGAAUGGAGAUUGCCUGAAAAGAAAUUAAAUGAAAAGGGAAAAACAGUCGACAAACAGUUCGUAGUGGUUGAGCAAAUAACGUCAAUCUAUAGGGUAGGAUUUAUCUGUGACAAUAAUGUUGUAAACAACCCAGCAAUAAGGAACAGCUGGCAUGAAAGAUCAAGGCAGGAUGUGUCCUCGAAACGGAUAAAUAAUUGGAGCAGGCAAUUGUUUUAACCGUACAUGAAAUACAAUAUUCGUUAGUGAUACUGUUUAACCAAUUUCGUCGAGCAGCAGCUUAAGAUAACAACCUCGUGUCGGCCGAAAUGUAGAAUAAACUACACUCCGAGGAAGGAAUUAAAACGAUUUUAAGUAAUAAUGGCAUAAAGCAUCCCGUAAAAAUAUGUGAUGCUCAACUGUUUGAAAACUGGGUUUUUAGUAUGAGUUUGAACCUAAUUUGGUUUCUAUCCUCACGUCCUUCCUUUCUGCUAACUCGCUUUUUCACGGCUACACAGAACAAGGACAACACAAAUAUAAUUAAACAAGCAAUAAGGCACUAAACAAGAGAAGUAAAGUGGAAUACAAAAUCGUAUUCGGAGGGAAUGCAGAUAUAUUGUGAUAACAGGAAGAUGUUCGUUCCAUCAAAAAUUUCUUCCAAAAGAUGUAUGUCGAGCGAUAAUGCAGUUAACUAGAGCCCCACAAGCUCCUUAUAGAAACACAAAUUUGUCCCAAAUACAUCUGCAAUGGAAAACAAAAUAAGCAAAGAAGAGAACCGCAUAAAAUUACACAUAAAACCAAAUUCCUCUAUAGAUGCCUAUAGAUGUCGAUUGUUGAAUGCGUGUUAAUUAGGCUAUAGUGUGACUGGGAUAUAACUUAGCAACUGAGGAAUGGUUGGUGGAGUCAAGGGCAGCGAAGGCACAGAAGGCUAAAAAAACAAGAUAAUACGAUGCCGCUAACAGCGUUGUACACAUCUCAUCUCAUUCUAAGAGGGUUACCAUCGAUUAAAAUGAACCCAGGUGAAAUAGAAGAAGCCCAGAACUGAACAGGAUUAUACUAAUGUACAUACAUAGGUCCAUUGCAAUAAAAAUAGCUAAAACCAA